GGACGCCAGAGGUUCCCUCAAAAAAAAAAAAAAAAAAAAAACCGGACGCCAGAGGCCGCGUCAGAUAAAAAACGAAUCGGCACCGCCUCCUCUUGAGAUCAGCAAAACCCACCGCUGCGGCGACUCCGCCUCCCGCCGACCGGGCGAUCACCUGAGAACACGCGGAGCAGCGGAAGGAGCGCAGGGGGUUGUUCGCGAAGAUGGAGGACGUGGACGUGUCGCGGCAGCUGAAGCAGAUGACGGACUUCAUCCGUCAGGAGGCCGUCGAGAAGGCCGUCGAGAUCGAGGCCGCCGCCGCCGAGGAAUUCCAAAUUGAAAAAUUGCAACUGGUGGAAGCUGAAAAGAAGAAGAUCAGGCAGGAGUAUGAUCGGAAAGAGAAGCAAGUUGGCAUCAAGAAGAAAAUUGACUACUCGAUGCAGCUCAAUGCUUCAAGAAUUAAAGUUCUUCAAGCUCAGGAUGACUUGGUAACAGAUAUGUUGGAGUCAGCAAGGAAAGAUCUACUGUGCAUAAGCCGAGAUCACCAAACUUACAAGAAACUUCUUAAGAUACUUAUUGUUCAGAGUUUGCUGCGCCUGAAAGAACCAGCUGUGCUUCUCCGCUGCAGGAAGGAGGAUCUUGAACUUGUUGAUUCAGUUUUGGAGUCUGCAAGCAAUGAGUAUGCAGAUAAAGCAAAUGUAUAUCCUCCUGAGAUAGUGGUAGACCGUCACAUCUUUCUGCCAUCUGCUCCCAGUCAUUAUCAGGCACCUGGUCCCUCCUGCUCCGGUGGAGUCGUGCUAGCUUCCCGAGAUGGAAAGAUUGUCUGUGAAAACACACUGGAUGCUAGGUUACAAGUGGUUUUCAGAAAGAAGCUGCCAGAGAUCCGUCAAAGUCUUUUUGUUCAGGUAGCUGCGUAACCAAUUCUUGAAAGCGGAACGUGGCUCAGUACUCUUUCGGGUACCCUGAUUAUGUCCAGAAGCGGAACGCAGCUCAAGAGUGAUUUAUCACACUGUUUUGGAUCUCGAUUAUUAUGUGUGUAUACUUUUUUUCUGGUUAUGGAUGCUCUGUCAUUAGAUUCCAGACCUCUGAAUCCUGCACUGAAGCAAAUAAGAGCAAAUAAUCUGUCUUCAUAUGUGGGACGACCUUUUGUAAAAUAAAGCAUCAAGAUGUGUUGCGAUGCCACUUCUGUUAAUAGCAUCAUGUUUUUAAUUGCAGAUGAUCUUGCUGGCUGUCGUU